AUGGAUUCAUUUCUCCCUCUCGGCGGCUUCCAGCUGCCCUUCCAGCAACGGCUUAGCCGAUUGUACAACGACACCAAGAAGUCAAGCGACUUUGUCAAGGAGCCUUUCCAGAAUGAAGAAGAUCCCGACAUCAAGGCCUUGCAUCGGAAGCUGCGCAUUCAAAAGGACCGGUUGGUGAGCUGGGGACUUGAGUGGUCGGAUCCCAAGUCUGCUGAGAUUGAUGAGUCGUUAUCAAACGCAGGCUUGAGUGAGGUCGUCGCCAGUGUCAUGUCGACAAUCAAAGACAUUCUUGCAGAAGCGGAACCUCUGUGGCUUAGCUCCAAGCAUCUCACAGAGCCAAACCGGCCGUCUGCAGAUCGUAAACCCCCUCUCGUUCGAUGGGACAAGACUCGGUUCGAAGACCUGGUUCGCGACCUUACCUCCUCCAUCGACACACUUUACGAUCUAUCCCGUACUCGGUCUAUGGGGGCCACUCCGCGUCCACCACCCAAGGUCCCGCCAAAGGACCCAUUGCCCAGCCAGGACUUCAGGCCUUUCGAGUCAAGCCGAAUGCAAACUCCCCAGUCAAUACGUCCUGACUCUUUGACGCAUCUUCGACCUCGCCAAGGCAAAGAAGGUGCCAUCGAGAGAGAGGUGGUCUUCAUGAGCAAGACUGCCUACUCGGAGCUCACCCACGGUACAGCACGAGAGCCAUGGGCUCCAUUGUUAUUAGAGUACGCCACAUACGACUCGAUUUAUUCUAUUACCGGCAUUUCGCCACCCAUGGAUCGCUUUGAGAAGCUAUCUGCCGCCCUUCAGCAGGACCCUCAGCUGUCUCCUGAUACCUGGACAGGUCUACCUCGCCUACUUGGAUAUUUUGAAGAUCUUGAAAACUCCCGCUUUGGUCUCGUCUACCGAUUUCCACCAUCAUUCAACGCUGUUUCUUUUGAACAUGUCACCAAAAAUCCCUUCUACAGUCUGCCAACACUAGCGGAUGUUCUGAAUCAACCAGACGCAGAACCUCCCCUCGAAGCCAAGUUCAGGCUUGCUCAUAACCUGGCAAACACUGUCUUUGACAUGCAUGCUCGUGGCAUAACCCACGGCAACUUAACCCCAAAGAAUGUCUGCUUCAGCGACUCUGUCACUAGGCCAACUGUCACAAUUGGGGAAAUUGACGUUCGACGACCGCUAGUGUCCUCGUUUGACAUCUUUCCCGAAGACGGGAAUAACUCCGCCGAUGCCUCCCUUAUAAGCCCACGAGAGCCUCAGUACCCCGGUUCGAAAAUGGCCGGAAACGAGCGUACUCGUGAGUUUCUCUCACUGGCGACAGUAUUGCUUUCAGUUGGGCUCUGGCUUCCUCUGGAGAGCAUCACAAACAUCAACGCUUCUGGGUCCAUUUCUCAGCCGAUGCUUAAGCAACUCUCGCAGAAGUGUGGAUCCUUAUAUACACGGGCGGUGCAGGCAUGCUGCUCCGUGAUGGAGCAGGAGAAGUUGGGGAAUUCUUCCAUCGAGGAUCUACUUUCCUCAGCCCAGACAAAAAUAUCUAAAUAUCUCGAAGCAUGCUGCGUCUUGGAUGGCGACAAUGAGUUGGAUGAUAGAACCAACCCUGAGCUGCAACAGAGCCAGCCUAAAUCUCAAUCCAACCUGCCAGUAGCCACCCCCCCUCCUGUAGGGUCCUCCAAGGACUUGCGAGAUGUCAAGUCGCCGGCGUUAUUUUCACCACCCCCCGCCACCCCCGAUCCGAUGACCAAAGGCAGAGAAGCUGUCAAGGUUGAGACAAACGACCUUGAUGCCCGGCAGAAGGCGGCAAGUAAAUCUGAAGCCAAGCUAAAGCUAUAUCCACACAUUCCUCUCCCACCCGAUGCCGUCGACAAGUGGAAUACAAUCCUCAUGCCUCAAAUUAAUCUCGCCCUGAAACAAUUUUACCGCAAACAUCCGGAGUCUGUCGAAAUAUCCUUGGAAUCCGUUGGACCCUCGCCAGCGAUGACGAAGCCCACAGUCCUUGUUGUCUGUACAUCUGUCGGCAAAGUCCGUGCAAUUCUCAAGAAGCGCGUCGGUGACUUGUUCGACGAGUCGACCGGCUUUGCUUUGAAGGUGUGCCGAGGACAAGUCCUGCGCUCUCGCAGAGAUUCAUCGUUCCCUGUUAGGUCUAUGGCGAAUAGAAGCCACGUUUCAGCCGACAACGCCGAUGAUGGGGAGAUAGAUGCCAUCAACCCCGAGUUCCAACAAAGACCAGGGAAUGGUGCAAGCAUUGGAGCAUGGAUUGGCGAUCGACACCUACCUCCUGUCAGCUUCGGUGGACUUGUGCUUGUCGAUGACAAGGCAUAUGGAAUGACAGUUCACCACAUGCUUGAUGACCCAGAUCGAGACUUUGGCCAAGACGAGCCGACUAGGAGCAGUGCUGUACCAGGCCAUGAAUGGUUUGAUCAGUCAGUUGCCGGCAGCAGCGCCGAUGAUGACUUCUCCUACGAGCUUUCAGAUACAGAAUCCGAGGCAUACUCUGAAUCAGAUAUAACCAGUGACUGGGGCGACGAGGAGGACGAGGAGGAUUCAUUUGAGCCUGGUGACAUUCCUGGUAUUGAACCUGGCUGUGGCGACGGAUAUAUCGUCACGCAGCCAGCGCUUGACGAUGUUGAGGAGGGAUUUUAUCCUUCCAGCGAGACUGAGGAUGAGGACCAUCUGGAUACCUUCAGCCUGGGAGAGAUGUUCGCCUCGAGUGGAAUUCGUCGAAAGGAGGUCAACGGGUUGGUGCAUGAGGUGGACUGGGCUUUGUUUGAGUUCUCUUCAGAUCGCGUUCCAGAGGAUAAUUUCAUCCCUCGCUCAAAAGGCUUCACAACAGCACGGUCAAAGGCAAGUGCCAUUCUGCAUCCUACUGCGGUCGCUCCCUUUUCAUCCCUACCUGGGCUGGAGGUGCAGUGUAUUGCUAGGACAAGCGGGCUGCAGACAGGCCAGAUCUUGCCUACCCUGACCAGCGUCAAAAUUUAUGGACGCACUUCACCGAGCCACACGUACCAGAUCGCAAGCCUUCCUGCCUCCAAGAUACCAGAGCAUGAUGAGAGCCCAAGGGCCCCGAUCGGUAUACCAGGCGAUAGUGGAGCAUGGAUUGUCGAUCAUCGCAAUGGUCAGCUCUGCGGCCAUGUCCUUGCCUGGAGUCAACGCAAACGAGUUGCGUACAUCUGCCCCAUGGACGUGCUGCUCAUGGACAUCGCUGAAACUCUGGAUGCUACCGAGAUCAAGCUACCUACAGGCGAGGUCAUCCUCUCCUCUGCCCAGUCUGUCCAAAAGCGAGGGCGAUAUCCUGGAUCAACCUCUGACGGCGAGGAUGAAACAGACUUCUGUGAAGACGAAGUUGCCCCUACGCUCUCCAAAAUCUCACAAAACCCACCCAGCACCGGCCUAGUUAGCAGCCAAGAUGCCUCGAGCUCACUCCGGAUGAGCUCUCAGGGUAAUAUCGCCGCCCUCAAUCGCACAAUGAAAGAGCUUCGAGUUGAUUGUGGCAUCGGU